GCCCUCCCCACGCGGUUCGCGUCCCCGCCGCUCCUAGACGGGCUCGUGCAGUCCCUGCGCGACAUCCUCGGGCCCGACGCGCGCCCAACGCCCAUCCAGGCGCUCUCGCUCAAGCACCUCUUCGCCGACGUCCCCGCGGGCCAGUACAGGCAGUUCCUGCUCGCGUCGGAGACGGGCACCGGCAAGUCCCUCGCGUACAUGCUGCCGAUGCUGCAGGCGCUGAAGCAGUCCGAGCCGGACGAGGCCGCGCCCGCGACGACGCAGCACGCGCUAAACCCGCGCGCGCUCGUGCUCGCGCCGACGCACGAGCUCGCGCGGCAGCUGACCUCGUUCGCCAAGGCGCUGAUCCACAACGUGAAGCUGCGCGUGCUGGGCGCGUCGCGCGCGAACGUGCCCAGCUCGUCGCGCGAGUACGACCGGCGCGGCACGGGGAUGCGGGCGUCGAAGAUGGCGGAGACGUUCCGCGGCGGCGAGGAGGACGGCGAGUUUGAGGUCAGCGCGGCGCGGCGGAGCCACCCCGUCGACGUGCUCGUCGGCACGCCGUCGAAGCUUUUGGAGCUCAUCAAGGGGCGCGGGUGGGAUCGUGUUGACGAACCGCUGGAGGCGUUCGAGACGGAGCCGCGAAGGGUGCGACGCCCAGGCAGGCCCGAGAUCGGACUGGCCAGCGUGGAGUGGGUCGUGGUUGACGAGGCGGACAUUUUGUUCGACGCAGACUUUAUGGAAGAAACCCGUACACUGCUGUCAGAUAUCGCGGCGGCGAGGGGUCACCCAGUCCCCGCCGAGGCGGCCGCACCAGCGGAGACGCCGACAACGACGACGCCUGCGCCGGCGCCCGUCCCACACCAGUACCCGUUCCACCUGAUCCUGACGUCGGCCACGAUCCCCGUCUCUCUGGCGACGCACCUGCGCACGCACCACCCAGAGAUGACGCGGCUGGCGUCGCCCCGGCUGCACAAGCUCCCUUCGAAGCUGAAGCUCGAGUUUGCGCCGUACACGUCGGGGAACCGGAAUGCGGACGUGGAGAAGAAGAUCCGGGAGAUCUGGGCGGAGGACGCGCUGAGGGGCCAGGAGCAGUCACAGAUCGUGGUGUUCGGGAACAAGCGCACGCGGGUGGAGGAGCAGGGGAAGUUUCUGACAGAGCGAGGGGUGGCGAACGUGGUGGUGACGGGGAACAGCGGGCGGUCGCAUGGAUCGAACCGGCACCUGGAGGGAUUCCUAAAGCCGCUGGCGAGGGGAAGCGGCGCGGCGACGGCGGUGGAGGCCAGCGUGACAGAGGCGGUCGAGGAGGGUUCAAAGCAGCCAGAGGAGAGGCCGCGGAUCCUGCUGAGCACGUCGCUGCUGGCGCGGGGGCUGGACUUUGCGCCGAGCGUGAGGCAUGUGCUGGUGCUAGAGCCGCCGCGAAACACUGCGGACUUUUUGCACCGUGCGGGGCGGACUGCGCGUGCGGGGUUGGGGGGGCGAGUGAUCGUGUUUGGGAAAAUGGAGGGACGGGGGUCGGAAAAGGUGAAGGAGCUGAGACGGAAUGUGGAAGCGUUGAAAUUGCGGUGA